UUGGAUGGAGCGGAACACUGGGUGUUUUACUCCAUCAAGACAAAAAGCGACAGAUCUCAGAAUGUGAAUUUAAAUAUGAAAACAGGUGAUUAAAAGUUAUGGAGCGCCCCGGUCAAGUCGAGCCACCUGAGCCGGUGAACGCCACGAACACCACGUUUGCUCCGGAUUCAUCCACGACAGAGGACGGCGCGGAGAGCCUCGCCUACCAGAUCGGCCUGGCGGCGCUUCUGUCUCUCAUCACGCUGGCCACAACUUUAUCCAACGCCUUCGUCAUCGCCACCAUCUCCAAGUCCAAGAAACUCCAAACACCUGCCAACUUUCUGAUCGCGUCCCUCGCCGUCACCGAUCUGCUGGUGUCCAUUUUGGUGAUGCCCAUCUGCGUCCUGUACACGGUGAUCCACACGUGGACGCUGGGACAGAUCGUGUGCGACAUCUGGCUGUCGUCGGACAUAACGUGCUGCACGGCGUCCAUCCUCCACCUGUGCGUAAUCGCUUUGGAUAGAUACUGGGCCAUCACUGACGCGGUGGAGUACGCGCAAAAGCGCACGCCGGGACGCGCAGCCGGGAUGGUGGCCACGGCUUGGGUCAUCGCCAUCUCCAUCUCGCUGCCGCCUCUCUUCUGGCGACAGGUGAAGGCGGAGGAGCUGACCAGCUGCACCGUCAACACAGACCACAUCUUCUACACCAUCUACUCCACCUUCGGCGCCUUCUACAUCCCUACGCUGCUGCUGAUCGUCCUCUACGGAAGGAUUUACGUGGAGGCGCGGAAGCGCAUCCUGAAGCAGUCCCCGCAGAAACCGGGGAAGAGGUUCACCUCGGUGCACCUGGUCACCAACUCUCCCGGAUCGGUGACGUCCACUUCUUCUCUAAAGUACGGCAGAAACGACACGCAGUCCAGCGACACCGGCUCGUGCGCCAGCGAGGUCAAAAUCACGGUGUCGGACGCGCUUUUGGAGAAAAAGCGCAUUUCUGCAGCUCGGGAGAGGAAAGCCACCAAGACGCUGGGGAUCAUCCUCGGCGCUUACAUCGUGUGCUGGCUGCCGUUUUUCAUUUACACAUUGGUGGUGGGCACUUGUGACACGUGUUUCAACCCUGACUUGUUUGACUUUUUCACCUGGUUGGGUUACCUGAACUCUCUCAUUAACCCGAUCAUAUACACCAUGUCCAACGAGGACUUCAAGAAAGCUCUCCAGAAACUCGUGCGCUUCAGAUGCUGCAGGUCGUAGGAAUAAAAUAAAAAAAUAAUGUGCAUUUUGUUUCCCCCUUGAGCACAACUUCAAAUCAUUUUGAAAUAGUUCCACAUAAAGAUGAGACAUUUUGUAAGACACAUUGUUCUUUUAGUCAUAAUGGGGAGGAAAAAAAUCAGCUCACAUGCU